CUCCAUUCUCCUCCAAUUUCCACUGGACUCCCUCCGCUUGCGCCACCACCGCCACCCUUUCCCUCCCCCGCGGGCGCGCCCCUGCAAACCCUAGACCCUUCCGGAGCCAAUCCCCCAAAUCUCAGCUGGGCUAGGGCUUCGCCUUCGCCAGCCCCGCACGCGGCGAUGCCGCUCUUCAUGUCCGACGAGGAGCUCCGGCUCCUCGGCGGGGACGUGGCCGCGGUCGCCGAGCGGGCCGACGCUGCCAUCCGCGAGUACCGGAACCAGGUGGACACCGUCCGCGCCGAGGCCGACGCGGCGGCCAUCGCGGCCGAGCAGACCUGCGCUCUCCUCGAGCAGCGCUUCGCCACCCUCUCCGCGGACGCCGAUCGCUACCAGGCCGAGGCCACCGAGCUCGCGGCGGCCUCCGAGCGUCGCGCUGCUGACCUCGCUUCCUCCCAGGCCGAGAUACACCAGCUCCGCAUCCAAGCCAUUGCGAAGGAUGGCGAGGUUGAGCGUCUCAAGGUAGAAAUCUCGGAGCUGCACAAGUCCAAGUGCCAGUCGCUAGAACUGAUCCAGCAGAGGGACGCAGAGAUAAGGGAGAAGGAUGGCGUCAUCCAGAGCUACCAUGAUAAGAUAGUAAAUCAGGCCGACUCUUCUGCUGGCAAAGAAGCUAGGAUACAAGAGGUUGAAGCUAAGUUAACCCACUGUCAGGCCACAUGUAACCGCAUAGCACAGGAGAAGGAGCUUCUUCAAAAGCAUAAUCUCUGGCUUGAUGAGGAACUGAAAGCAAAAGUUAAGAACUUAGCGGAUUUAAGGAAAGCAAAUAUGGAAGAGGAGUCUAGGAUGUCUGCAAAGAUCGCAGAGCUUGAGAGAGAGGUUUCUGAAUCUUCAAGUUCCUUGAGACGAAGUAAAGAACAGAGUUCUGAACUGGAGCAAAGAGUUACCUAUAUGGAAAAGGAGUUGUUCUCCGCAAAGGAUGCUGCAGCUGCUAAUGAACAACGCCUUGGUGCUGAGCUUUCAACUGUCAUGAAACUUGCUGAACUUCAUAAAGAAAGUUCUGAGGAGUGGUCAAAGAAGGCUGGGGAACUUGAAGGUGUUAUUAAAGCAUUAGAGACACAUUUGACCCAAGUUGAAGAUGACUACAAGGAAAAGCUUGAGAAGGAGACCUUGGCCAAGAGUGAUCUUGAAAAGGAAGUUGCCAACUUAAAGCAGAAGAUUCAAAAGUGUGAAUCUGAUUUGGAAAAUUCAAGAAAGUCCGGGGAAUUGAGCCUCAUUCCGUUGACUAGUAUGGCAGCAGACCCCGCUGCUUUAGCAGAUACACAAUUGAGAGAGAUGCCACUUUCUGAUGCUUUGAAUCAAAAUGACCUGAUGAUAGUUCCGAGUGUACCCACUGGUGUUUCCGGAACUGCAUUAGCUGCUUCUCUUCUUCGGGAUGGUUGGAGUCUUGCUAAGAUAUACGAGAAAUAUCAAGAAGCUACUGAUGCUUUACGUCAUGAGAGAUGGGGAAGGAGACAUGCUGAAGCAGUUCUGGAAAGGGUCUUGCAUGAAAUAGAAGAGAAAGCUGAGCUUAUUUUAGAUGAACGAGCUGAACAUGAGAGGAUGAUUGAAGCUUAUGCUCUAAUGGAUCACAAAUUGCAGCAGGCAUUGUUGGAGCAUGAUAAUUUCGAAAAUACAAUAAGAAAUCUAAAGUCGGAGUUAAAAAGGCGGGAGCGUGAUCAUACUAUCGCUAACAAGGAAAUAGACGACUUGCAGAAACAAGUCGCUGUUCUUUUAAAGGAGUGCCAAGACAUACAGCUUCGUUGUGGUUCUAGCCUUCCAAAUGUAGGUCAUGGUGCUCUUUCUACGAGCAUCAAUAAUGGCUUGUCUAUUGUUGAAAACAACAGUCAUGAGCAUAUGACAUUUAAUGAUAUUAAUGGGCUUGUUCAGCAAAAUGUUCAACUUCGAAAUAAAGUUCACUUGCUUUCUACUGAUCUUGACAAAAAAGACAUGGAGCUCAGGGAGAGCUUCCAGAUUGAGCUGAAGAGAAUCACAGAUGGUGCUACCUCCAGAGUUGAAAAAGUGAUGAAGAAGUCUGAAGAACAAGCAAUAAUGAUUGAAUCUCUUCAUAGAUCUGUAGCGAUGUAUAGGAAAUUGUGUGAAGAGCAGCAGAAGACUCGCUCCAAUGUCGAACACAUAUCCAAUAAUUUGCAAGAUGAUGGCAGAAAGGACCUGAUGGUUCUAUUUGAAGGAUCACAGGAUGUCUCAAAGAAAGCAUAUGAACAGGUUUCUGAGCGAUCCAAAAGACUUGACGAGGAGCUGACAAAGUUGAGGACCGAGCUUGUGUCUCUGCGAUCUGAGCGUGAUAAGUCAGUUCUUGAAGCUAAAUUUGCUCAAGAUCGGCUUAAUGGGUACAUGACAGAGAAUGAUCAUCAGAGGAAGGAAGCUAAUUCUGUUUCACUCAGAAACGCGGAGUUGAUGCACUUGAUAGUCGAUUACGAAAAGAGGCUUCGUGAAAGUUCAGAUUCUAUGCAAGCUUUAGAGGAGAAUUCAAGGAAACUGUCGAUGGAGGUGUCUAUUCUAAAGCAUGAAAAAGAGAUAGUAGUAAAGUCAGAGAGAAGAUCUUUGGAUGAAGUCCAUGAUUUGACUGAAAGGGUGCAUCGUCUGCAGGGUACCAUUGACACAAUACAUACCACUGAGGAGGUUCAAGAGAAUGCAAGGUCUAUGGAAAGGAGAAAUCAACAGGAGUAUAUCAAGCGACUAGAGAGAGACUGGGCAGAACUCAAGAAGGAGGUUCAAGAACAACGAGAUCAUGUUCGUGUCCUGACACUUGAUAAGCAAAAUGCCUUCGAUGGCUGCAUGAAGCAGGUAGAGGAUAUGAGAAAAGAGUUACAGAGCUCAUGGAAAGCUUGUACUGACGCUGAAUCUAGGGCUGCUGUUGCAGAGGUCAAGUGUGCUGAUUUGGAGGCGAAGCUCAAAUCGAAAAUGAUCAUUUUUAGGGAUGGUGGUCGCGAUAACUCAUCAGCAACUGAGGAGAAUGAUGAGCUGUUCCGGCAGAAAGAGGAGUUGGAAAAAUACAAGGAUGAAGCACAUGCAAACAAAAGCUACAUGCUUCAGUACAAGGAAAUUGCGAACUCAAAUGAAGCAGCAUUGAAGCAAAUGGAAACUGCAUAUCAGGAUUACAAAAGAGAGUCUGAGGUUGCUAAAAGAAGCUUGGAAGAUGAGAUUGCCAAGUUGAGGAGUAAGUUAUCUGAAAUGGACAAGAGCUAUGUCAUGAAGUGUGAAGAAGCUGCCAAUGCUAUUGAAGCUAAAGAGAAGGAUAUCACUGCUCUAAUGAGCGACAUUUCUAUUCUGAGAAAUGAACUUUCCCAGAAAGUGGCUCGGAUUGAGAAUUUAGAAAUUGAAUCUGCUUCAUCAAAGAGUGCUCUUGAUGAGCAGUGUAAGCGUUGGCGUAGCGCACAAGACAAUUACGAGCGUCAGGUUAUCCUGCAAUCUGAAACAAUACAGGAGCUGACGAAUACUUCUAAGCAACUAUCUUCAUUGCAGCAGGAAGUCACGAUACUUCGUCAAACAGCAGACGCACAAAAGGCUGAAAAUGAUGCUCUAAGAACGUUUGGUGAGCAAGAAAAGGUACAAUUGCUAAAAGAAAAGGACGAGGCUCUCCGGAAGUACACCGAGCUAAAUGAUCAGAAUAGAAUUUUGCACAAUCGACUAGAAGCCUUGCACAUUCGACUAGCUGAACAAGAACGGGGCAUUGCCGGGCUUUCAUCGCAACGUACUGACUCACAUGGAGAGGAUGAUUUACAUGGUGUUGUCAGCUACCUCCGCAGAUCGAAAGAAAUAGCGGAAACAGAGAUAUUGUUGCUUAAGCAGGAGAAAUCUCGGCUUCAGAUAGAAUUGGAAAGUGCGUUGAAGUCCGCCAAGGAGGCACAUGAGGUACUCCGCAGUCAAGCUGACAGUGCAAGAUCAUCAAUGUUCAAGGACGAAGAGUUCAAGUCACUGCAGCUCCAGGUGAGAGAAAUUAAUUUGCUUCGUGAAAGUAACAUACAACUUAGAGAGGAGAACAGACACAAUUUUGAAGAAUGCCAGAAAUUCCGUGAGGAAGCUCACAAGGCUAUAAGGGAGGCAGAAAGGCUGCAUGAUAUUUUACAGGAGAAGCAAGUAGCUUCUGAAAUCGGUGCAAAAGAACUAGAAUUGCAGAAAUCUGAAAUAGUAAAUCUCAACCAAAGGAUUUCUGAGUUGGUUGAAAAUAGUAGAGGAGUUGAUUUGAGCACAUAUGAGACCAUGAAGGACGAACUUCAAAAUAUCAAAUCGACCUUGCGAGAGAAUUCAAUUGAGCUUGAGCGUGCAAAAACUCUUCUUUCCGAGAGGGAAGUUGUCAUAAGAAAUUUAGAGGAGAAGCUUGCUGGAUGUCAGUCUGAAUUGGCAGUCAAGGAAAAGAAGCUGAACGAAGUUGAGGCUAGCUUGAAAUCGGAAAUGGAAAGACUGAAAAGGAUAAAUUUUGCCAUCAAGAAAAAACUUGAGAUAUCGACGAAGGAGAAGGAGAAUGCUACCAAAGAAAAUAACAGUCUUUUGAAGCAGAUUGAAGAUCUUAAAUCAACAGGUCAGAAAACUACAUCGGAAACUGCUAAUGAUCAGGUUGUAAAGGAAAAGGAAUCCAGGAUACAGACACUGGAAAAAAUCUUGGAGAGGGAGAGAGACGAUAACAGGAAAGAAAAGUCAAGCCGCAAAAAGGCCGAGAGUGUAUUUCUUGGUGCCCUUCAAAAUCUAUCAAAGGAGAAGAAACAAAUAGAGGAUUCAAUUGAGAAGCAUAGGCAGGCUGUGAAGGAGGCUAUUGAGCAUUAUUCCGGACAAUCUUCUCAAAUCCCAUCCGGUUCUGCAGUAGAGGAGCAGUUUCGUUCAUAUUUCCUUGCUGCUAAAAGGAUCGAGGAGUCUAGUAGCCCUUUCAAAGAUGGUUCAGUGAAUCAGACAUCACUUAUUGAUACUCCCACUGUGGAUGCAGCUGCCACAGGGCGGCCGGUAGUGACUCCAGCAAAUCCUGCCCAAGUUAAAGGGGUGGAGGAGAGAGCAGUUUCUACUUCGUCCAAACCAAGUACUGAGCGAAGGUUAAGAAGGCCACUCGUUCGGCCAACUCUUGAGCGGGUUGAAGAGCCCCAGGCUGAUACAGAUACACCAAUUACUGAAGGUUCCACAGUAGCUCAGGAGAAAGGUAGCCUGUCACUGGGUCGAGGUUCGACAGUAAAUCAGGAGAAAGGUGGUCCGUCACUGGAGCGAGGUUCCACUAUAGUUCAGGAGAAAGGUGGCCGGUUGCUGGAGCGAGGUUUAGGUCAGGAUAAAGUCGGCCUGUCACUUGAGCGUGAAACUUCUGGUGGUGUGUCUGUACCUUCUAGUCGCAAACGUCUCAUAUCAUUGUCGCAGGGGAGAGAUGAUGCUCCACAGGGAGAGGCUAGUGAUUCAAAUCCUCCAUCAAAGAAACCCAAAGAAGAGUUUUUCCAUGGUACCAGUGAGCAGAAAAAUGAUCAAUCAGCUUCAGAAGAUGUAACAGCUCAGGCCCCUGUAGAUCCAUCUAUGGAUAACCAAGAUGCGCAACAGCCUGCCGAUGAGAUGGACACAGAUCAGGCCUCCAUGCCAAUUGAAGAGGUUGAGGACACCAGGGAUGGCGAUGUGGGUGUUAAUGACGACAUGGAAGAACGUACAGAUGCGUCUACAGGCAUUAAGGACCAGUAUACUGAAGUUCAUAUUGACAGUGGUGCAACUGCAGUUGAAGAUAUGCCGGUCAAAUCAGAGGCGGUAGAGGAAUCAUUUGACGAAGACCAGAAACUUGACGAUGCGAAGGAAGAGGGCCAGAUAACUACAGCAACAGAUGUUGAAGAAGAGAGGGAAGAGGGAGAGUUGCCGGAGGAAUCAGAACAACAUUCAGACAGUAGUCCCCCGGAUAUUGGUGAACAAGCAGCUGAUUCUUUCAGGGUGGCAUCUCCCGGAGGGUUGACAGAAAAGAGCGACACAGAUAUGGCAGAGGAGGUUGGAGAAGGUGAGACUGCUGAACAUGGUACGGUGGAAGCUGACCAAAGCCCUCUAGCACAAUCAGGUGGAGCAGAUGCCUCACCAGGCAGAAAUACAGAUGUAUCCCCUGCACGUGAACCUUCCCCUUCUAACCCACCUCAUGAUGGCGCAUCUUCCGAACAGCAGAUUCCAGCUACUGCAAUAGAUACUGGGGAAACACAAAACCCAACACUCAAUUUCGAGAGAGCAAGGCAAACCAGGCAAGCCAGGUUUGGCCGCACAACCUCCCCGCAAUCUGCCACCAACAGGGGUCGUCCGAGAACUCCUAUUGUCUUCCCGAAAGAUACUGGUUCAGGAUCACAGAAAGAGGCUGCUCGCGGAUCUCGGGGACGUCGUGGGCGUGGUGGUGGCCGGUAGUAAUGAUGUAGAAACUUACAGUUGUCUUUGUGCAACUACUAGACUACGUGGCUCUUGUCAAGACAAAGUUGACUAGUGGUCCGGAUGGGCGCCGGUUUAUAUAUGUGAUCUGACAGUGGAUUUUGUUAUGAUGGCUACAGCAGUAAUUGCCAAUUGAAACUUUGUUAUCUAUCUUGUCAUCGUGCUUUAAAGUCUUAUAAGCCAUGCAUUCUGAGAUAAUUGUUGUUGCUUAGCUUAGGAUGCAAGCGGGCAACCUGCAAAAUGAGCUUGUAGUUACUUAUAACGACCUUAUGUUAACUUGAACUGAGAAAUUACACUAGGUAGCUUUGUGUAUGCUUACGGCAUACUGAGCAUUUAUGUAUAACGACCUCAUGUUAAUUUGCGAA